UUGGAGGCUCUGGGCGCUGUCUUCCAACCACCGGAGGAUUUAGCCUCUGCUGGGGUGAUGGAAGACACUGAUGAUGAUGAUGCAAAGCUCAAGGAAGAAAUAGAAGCUGAAUUGGAUAAAAUCAGUAUUUCUUCCUUGGAAAAAGAUGAUCUUGAUAGUGAUUCAAAAUCAGAAACCAAGAGUGACAAUAGUGAUACAGAUUUGGAUGAAUUACCCGAGUCAGUUCUUCACUGUAUUAACAUCAUAAAGAAUAAGAGUAAAACUGUUGAAGAGCUCAUUCUUCAGGACUUGGAAGAUACUGAUGUUUUAAGCUAUAGUUAUGGAGCAGUUUCUAAUAAUCAUAUGCAUUUAAGGAUAGAAUUGUCAACUGAAUGUAAAGAAAAUCCAGAACAAUUAUUGAAGAUGUUAUCUGAAAUAGAAAAAGAAGAAUUUAUGAGAAGUAAAACUCAUUGUCGCCGUCCUGAUUCUGUGCCAGAGCCUGGUCCUUGUGACUUGCCUGUGGAUGAACAUGUUUUGCCAGAUGAUGCUGAUAUAAAUUUUGGAUACUGUGAAGUGGAAGAAAGAUGUAGGCAGUCUUUUGAGGCUUGGCAAGACAAACAGAAAGAGCUGGAAGACCAAGAGAAAGAAACUCUCAGAGCUCAGAGGGAUAGAGAAGAAAAGCAGUUUCAAGAAGAAGAAGAAAAAAGACAUUGCUGGAUGAAACAAUUUGAAGUUGAAAAGAAGAAAUUAGAGAAUAUUCAGAGACAAGAACAGGACAAGAUGAAUGAUGAACUCCAUAAAGAAGAGAAAAUUUGGAAAGAGAAAUUUAAACAGCAUGAGGAAUUUAUUAGAAACUUGCACUUACAAAUGGAAGAAGAAAGAGCAAGAUUUAAAGACCUACAGGAAAAAGAAAAAAUGCGUUUGUUAAAACUGCAGCAUAAUGCAGCUGUGAAAAUUCAAGCUAAAUAUAAAGCAUUCGUGGCUUACCAAAAAUAUGGCCCACUCAUAAAGGAACAAGUAGAAAGCAAGAAAAGGAAAGUGCAAGAGUGGAAGGAAAAGGAAGCAAAAAUACGUCAGAUGGAAGAAGAAAAAAGGAAAAAAUUAGAAGAGGAACAAAGAAUAGAAGAAGAGAUAAAAAAGCAGAAGCAAGAGGGAAGGAAAAGGAGAGAAAAAGAAUAUGAAGAAAAAAAGAACAUCCUGAGACAAGAAAGAGAGCAACUACUAAACAAGGAAAAAUUGAGAUUAAGAGAAGAGGCAAGAAAACAGCUAAUCACACGCAGAGCAUUAAGGAAGGGAGAAUAUACUGCCGAACAGUUAACUGCUGAAGAUACCUCAAAGAGAAAGGGUAAUGUAGCCAAAAGGCCAGGGGAUGAGACGUCAAAGGAGUGGGAAGAUGUUACCCCUUGGCUUGCUGAGGAAUCGAAUGAGAGGGAAAAUGUAGGCAGACAGCUUGUGUUGAAGGAAUCAGUGCAAGUGCAAGUCAAAGAAUCUGUAUCAAACCAAGCAAUCUUGGCAGAAUUUAAAAUGGAAGAAAAAAGUGAAAACCUAGCAAAACAGUGUGCAGAAGAAUUGGUUAAGCAAGCAAGGAAAAAUGAAAAUAUAGACAAAAACACUCAAUUAGAAGACCCAGAUCUAAAAGAAAAUGUGAAAGAACAGUUUCAGCUGCAAGAAUUAAAGUCUCCAAUACAAAAAGAGGAAGUCGUGAAACCUGCCAUAAAAGAGACCACGAGACAAGAAGCCCGAAUAAUCAUAUUGGGGCAUAAUCAAGAGAUGAAGGAGGUGAGAAACAACGACGCACUGAGGGCAACCAAUGAUAAUCAACAAAAUAAGGCACGAAAAGUAGAAAAAGAAGGGAUGUUAGAACAGAAUGGAAUGUCAUGUGAAGAGAGUGAUAAGAGGAGAAUUUCAGUGAUUUCAAUGAAACAAAAACUACCACUAAAAUUAGAAAGUUCUGAAGAUACAGGAGAAGAUGUAAUACAGGAAAAAGAAAGUGAUUUAAAAUCUAAAGAAACUAACCCAAAGGGCAGUGCACUGAAUAGUGAUGUCGUUUUUAACACCAGUGAUGCUUUGACAAAUGUAGAAGGUAAAAUUAACAAGCAAAAUCAUAUUUUAGGUAGACAGGCUCCUUGUGAAGACUUGGGUGGCUCUAAUGCAAAAAACUCUUUGGUUUUUAAAGAAAUAAACUCUCUGAAGUCUCAGAUUAAAGAAAUUCCAGAAGAAUGUCAUGAAAACAGAGAGGAAUGUGAAAAUAUGGUGACCUGCUCUGUACCAGAACCAGCACUUCUAUCUUCUAUUGAAGAAAAGAGGCUGGCUUGGAUAAAAUCAUUUAAACCUUGGUUUGAAAUUUUCAAACAAAAUCAACAAAGGAAAACUGUUAGGAGAAAAAGACUUGUAAAAUGCCCAGCCAACGUGAUGCCCUCUUUGAAUACACUACAAAUUCUUCGAUGUGGUCCUUGGAAUACUUUACAGCAGGUUACAACAAUUACAUUUCAAGAUUUGCCAGGUUGUAGUGUCUCCACGCUGACAGAGUGUACAAAUCUUCAGUUUCUGUCUCUUCAACGCUGUGGAUUAACUUCUUUGCACAGCCUGAGUAACUGCAAAAAAUUGAAGUACAUUGAUGCACAGGAAAACCACAUUGAGACUAUCGACUGUGAAAAUUUGGAAAAUCUCAGUGUUGUUCUUCUUAAUAAAAAUCAACUGACUUCUUUUCAUGGUUUGGAUGGCUGCACUAAUAUCCAAAAUCUUGAACUUUCACAUAAUAAAAUCACUCGAAUUGGUGGUUUAGAAUCUUUGAAAAAUCUUCAGCAACUAAUUGUGGACCACAAUCAGUUAAUUAGUACAAAAGGUCUUUGUGAUACGCCUACCAUUACAUACCUGGAUUGCUCACAUAAUCAUCUUACUGAAGUUGAGGGCAUUGAAAACUGUGGAUUGCUCCAAAUACUGAAGUUACAGGGAAAUUAUCUAAGUGAGCUUCCAUCCUUGGAGAAUCAUGUUCUACUAAGAGAAUUGCACUUGGAUGAUAACAGCAUUUCAACUGUGGAAGCAUUUUCUUCAUAUUGGCUGCCUUUACUACAAUUCCUGACCAUUUCUCAAAACAGCUUGACAAAAAUUGUACCACUUUUUCAUUUUGUUUCUUUGGGAAAACUAGAUGUCAGCAACAACUGUCUUUCUGAUCUUACAAGUGCCAUAACGUGGUUUGAGGCAUGUUUUUCUCUCCAGGAACUGUCUCUCACUGGAAACCCACUUCUUCAAGAAAUAAACUGGCGGCAUUCUCUACUUAAAAUAUUACCUGCUCUAAGAAUCCUAAAUGAUGAAAUGCUAACCUCUUAUUCAGAAAGUCACACUGAAGAACACUAUCAACUAGAAUUAGAGCAUUUCCUGGUACUUUGUCGGUCCCAGAUUAGAGAAUUUAAUUUACUAACUGAGAAAUAUAUUACUGGAAAAGGAAAUAUAUUCACCUUGGAUGCUGCAGAAAAUCUCUGCCAUUAUUUUAAGAAAUUGAUGACACUUAGUAAUGAAUGUCGAUGUGCACAUGAACAAGGGGAUGUGAGUAUCACCAAGAGAGGUGGAUCAGAAGCCCAGCAAAAUCAUCUGGCUCUUACAAACAGUGACAGCAUACUGCAAAACACAGUCCCUUACUCUUGUGUGAAUGAACAUAAACUGGAUUCACCAGGUAUUUCUGAAAAAUGGAAAGAAUCUGGCACUAGUCACUCCCCAUUAACCAGCCUCUCCUUAUCUGAAGAUACUGAAGGAAGAAAUCAUUCAAAAAUAGUAGGCGAGAAAAGAGAAGACAUCAAGGCAAGCAGUAUCCCCACCAAAAGAGUCCCAUUCAUGGAAACAGUCACGACAAGGUGUCUGCUGGAGAACUGUCAAAAUGUUGAACAUCCUGAAAAAAUUGUGGCAGCUCUGGUAAUCCAGGCAUACUGGCGUGGUUACAUUGUGCGCAGACAGGUUCAUCUCUCUACAAAGCUACGUACUGCUGCAGUAGGACCCCUGACAUCCCCGCCAAAUUCCUGCAUCGAAAAUCAAACAAAUUUAAAGAAAGAAGAAAUAAAAAACACUGUGAAUAUCCUAGAACAGAGGGAGAAGGCUGCUAUUGUUAUUCAGGCAGUUUGGAAGGGCUUUCUUUUGCGAAAAAAACUGACAAGGGCUCUUGAGGCUAUUAAGAAUGAAGAAUCUGAAGAAGAAUAUGAAGAAAUAGAUUUAGAAGAUUUUACAUUUGAUGAAUCUGCCUUAGAGAAAGAAUGGCUAGCUUUAGAUUCCGCCCGCUUCCCUUCACAAACACUGCUUCUUCCAAACCAGCUGCACCGGCCAAAGCUCUCUGGAACCUUAAAAUAUGAUGACACAUCACUUAAUUUACCAAGUCAUCCGGCGCAAGCAUGGCUAUGUAAUGAGAAAGAAAAUUGGUUUUCAUCGGAACACACACAAUUUAAUAGCAGAUCAGAAAAUAGAACUCUAUCGUGGACACCUGAAUCUAAGAUCAGCAGAAAGAAUUUGCUAAAAUCUGAAAAAGAGGAAAAAAUUUCAGAAGAAUGGGGCUUUAAAGAUAUUUCUACUGCUCAGCAAAUGCUGAAGAGAGCACAGAAAAUGAAAUCAAAGAAAUUGAAAAAAUUAGAUCCUACUGUGCGUCUAGCAUUAUUCAAAAACAAUGAAGAUAAAGUUUCUGUUAUAAAAUCACCAAAGAAGGCACAGCCCAAAAGAGAUGGCUACUUUGAAGGUAAGGAAGAAGAAUUACUGUAUAAGGAUACCACCACAAAUGAAAAAUUAGAAAGGAGUAAAGAAUAUACAUACCAAUGGCUUCAUACACAGGUUGGGGUUCAAGAAACAACUAGUUCCAGAAAUAUGAAAUGCAAUCACUUCUUGCCUGAGUUAGAUCCAGAUGUACUUAAUGGUGGAAGAGUUCAGCUUGUGGCAAGACUUGUAAGCAGAGAAGACACGGAUUUAGACCUUUUUUCCAUGACCAGUGGAAGUGCUUUGUCUGUGAAGAAAGAAAAAAAAAAUCAGGCACACAGACGCUCAGCAGGAUCUUCAAGUUGUUCAAUUAAGGGAAUACUUGCACCAAUGAUAACAAAUACAAGACCUUCUAAGAAAGAGCGUAUAUCAUUCCGUGACAAUCCUGUACAACUCAGUGGUGGAUGGGGAAGUGGCAAAAAGAAGGAGAAAACUUCAAACUAGUUCAAGCUUCAGCAUUCAAAACAAAUGGCAAACGGUUUCUUUUCAAGAAAUCUGUGGAUAUCUGGCUAUGUUACCAAUUGGAUACAAGGUUUUAGAGUACUAUAUUUAAUUUGUAUUAUUAUACAUAUUUCCCAAUUUUGUUUAUCUUGGUUUCCAUCUGUAACAUACAGUUUUGCUGUUGUUCCUGUGUUCAUGUGGAAUGGCUCCCAGAAAUUAAUUCUUGAAAUAUUGUAAUGGAAUUUGCAUAUCCAAUUUCUUCUUUUGUUUAAAAUUUGUAUGACAUAUGUCUUAAAGAUGGUUUUUGUUACCAAGAAUAAAUUGUAAUACCAUACAUAUAAAAGGAUACAACUAUAUUUUAUUGGACUGUUUAUGGUAUUAGUGAAUCCUUAAUAUAUUAAUAAAUUUUAUUUGAUCUGAUUUUUAUAAUUGAAUAUUUUAAGGGUAAAUUGACAUAUAAAAAGUAAUAAGAACAGAUAAUGAAAAUAGCAUUUACUUUCUUUUUACUUUAAGUCAUCUUAAAUAGAUUAGAGUUGUGUUCAGAAAAUAUACAUUCUUUUUAAAUUUAAAUGAAAUAUAAAUUUAAAUGUUUAUUAAUUUAAUAAAUUGUAUAUUUUAUCUGUAAUGUUUCAUUCUUAUGUUUCAUUCUUAUAAAGGGUAGAGGCUCCUUCUGAUUCAUUAACAUUCUUCUGACUCAAACAUUUUAAUUUUUAAAGGUGCCUUAAAUAAUUGUCAUUUAAAAAAUCCUUUCCACUUUUCAAAGCCCAGCCUUAUAAUUUUGUAAUGUUAAUAUAUUUUCUAAAAUUACAGACAAAUUUUGUUAAAUUCUCACUACUGUGUGGUAAACAGUCUCUGUUAUCUUAGUACAUAAAAUGCUGCGUUUACCUUUAAUGCUGUUUAGGAUCUUUGACCCUCCUGGGUCUGGAGCUGUUUUAAGUUCUCCAGUGACUUUCCGGUGUGUUGCUGUGUAAUAGGAUCCAGUGAACUUUUUAGUUUAGUUUAGUUUAGUUUUUCACACUCUAUUGAAAUACUUCAUUUAAAACUGACUAGGCAGAUUAAGAGAUGCAUUUAUUCAGUCUUCGUCCCCCACCUACUUGUGGAGCUCUAUUGCAUUUCAAACCUCUAAAUCUCCUUUAACUUGAUUGAGAUGGAAAUGGUGACAGGCCUUGAGCUGUCAAUCAGUAAAGGAAACAAAGAUUCAUAUGUUGUGGCCUAGAAAUUGAAGCUUUGGAAAGUAAGUUCCAUAUGCAAGUUACUUUAUGAACAUGCUUUAAUGUCAUCUUCUUACUAACAGCAUCCACAAACCAACAUAAUGUAAUGAUGGAAAAUAUUUUAUCUCAGCUUAUUGUGAACCCUGCAGGAGAAAACCGCAUUAAAGCUGAUACUGAUGAGGUUUUAUGGUUCAUAUGUGCAAAUCAAUGAAGUGGAAAGGCUGGUAUGAGAAGUGAGAUCCUUAUGAUUAAAUUGUUUUAAAGCCUAAAGUAAUUUAACCUAUAGUUUCCUUAUUGUAUGAUCUGUGUAAUUGUUCCAUAAUAUUAAUUUUUAGGGCGAUGAUGGAUGUUGACGCUCCUUAAAUUUGUAGGUGACGAUUGAUACAUAUGUCAAUAAAAUAGUUUCCUAAUUAUGGAGUUAAAUUGACAGUUCUUUGUAGUGUUGUUUAUUGUGUCCAGCCUUAAAAUGGUCUUUUAAAAAA